AAUUAUAUAGGCCUACAUUGUGAUAUAUGCCGAAUUUACAUAUGUUUAUCACAAGUGUUAUUCGCAUGAAAUUCGCGAGGCGAUCUGCUCUGAAGGACAAACAUAAAGAACUAAAGCCGUGUUUGGGAUAUGCCAACUGCUGUGUCGAAUGUGCUAAACACACCAGUGAUACUCUCGUCUGGGAGCCUGAAACCCUGAAUAAAUCCGCUAUGGGGACGUUUACUUCCCCCAGGUCCAACCUCCAGCCUAUCGAGAUGGACUUGCUGGCCAGUGUCGAGUCGGAAAAACCGAGGAAACGUCUCCAACGUGAAUCGCUAGGCAUGCAUGACCACAGCGUUCAUGGGGAGUUGACGCGAAUGCUGAGAAGCCUUUCCAGUGUGAUGCACUUCAAAUCAGGAGAAUUGGAGGAUGAUCAAUAUGGUCCCAACGGCAAGGUGGAGGUGAACGUGAAGAGAGCAUGGGGGUCUACACGGGUGAAGCAGCCAAAUGGUGUCCUGGUGGGAGCUGGGGCUGGCGUAGGUAAACUAAGCACACCAAGGAAUCCGAGAACGAAACGGGUACCAGUUGAGGUCCGAGUUGCCUUCAUAAAGGUCAUAGACGUCGACACUUUGAAACAAAGAUUCAAGGCAGACGUGUUCAUCCAGGCCAAGUGGGAAGAACCCGCACUGAAAGGGUUCACUCAAGAGGAGUUGGAUAAGUCAUUCCAGCCUGAAGACUACUGGAACCCCGACCUGUUUGUGCCCAACAUUCAGGGCCAUCCGGAGCGUGACGAUACGUGGUAUGUCACAUCCACCAAGGAGGCACGCCACAAUAACCCAGUCAUCUUCAUGAGGCGCCGGAUCAAAGCCUUCUUCAAUGAAAGAAUGGAACUGAGGGACUUUCCGUUGGAUGUCCAGGAGCUACACGUCAAAAUAGCAAGCAGAAGGAAAGAAACCGUUGUCGAACUCACAGAGGAUUUGAGCUGCCUCUCGGUUGUGAAUUUAGCAACCUUCACCGACGCCAACGAGUUCAGCCUCUACAAACACGUGGAAUGCAGCAAUGCCAUCAUGAACAGCAAACUACCACAAGAUACCAAGAAACACCCUCUGCUCGAGUUCAACAUAUCAGUAAAAAGAAACACUGGUUUCUUCUUCUGGAAUGUCGUCUUCCCAAUGUUCCUAAUCAGUGGCAUGAUGUUUGCAACCUAUGGCAUAGACCGGAAGAAGUAUGAUGAGAGAAUCAAGGUCAACGUGCUGCUAAUUUUGUCCAUUGUCGCCCUGAAGUUCGUGGUGAGCAAAGGCUUGCCGAAGAUACCAUACAUGACGUAUGUGGAUGCUUAUGUGUUGGUUUCAUUAAUCGUGGUGAUGAUGAUGGCUUGCCAGAAUGCCAUACUCAGCUUCUACAAAGAUGAUGCAACAAGAAUGCAGUCGUUUGAUACGGGCAGUGUUUGGUUCUUCCUCGUCAUUUAUCUUCUCAUUCAAAUCAUAUGCGGAGCCCUGCUUGGAAUUAAGUUGUCAACACAGAAGAUGGAGAUGGACAAAAAAGAAAAGGACUAUAUGAGAAAGAAGAAGUACAGCGACCGCCACAUGCUCACAGAGGGAGAUUUCAGUAUGAUGGCAAACUAAGUCGGAAUGGAAAGGUGCAACAGUGUACAUGUAGCAUUAUAAAGGACAAUUCCUGUGGACUCAACUCAUACUGUAAAACAUUUUUUACAUUUGAAAAAUGGAAAGAAAUUUUGGAAUCAGCUGAAAUAAUAACAGUGAGAUUUACCAUUUUUUUCAGAAAUAUCUGCUAAUUGCAUAUCAAAAACAGUAUGGAGAUGGGUGUUGCAUAAUAUUUCAAUUGGUCAAUUAUAAAGGGUUGUUUGAUACAUUUCGUGUGGUCUUCGAGAUUCUGAUUUGCAGCCUAUAGCGCUACAUGCAGGAGCAGAGAAUUUGUGAUCCUUUCCAGUCUCCAAAUGGAGAUGCAGCAAAAUAUACCCGGAGUACCAUAACAUGUGGAUAACCAAAUGGCUUCCCAAUUUCGUAAUGUACAGAAAGAUUUAUUAUAUUUUGUAAAUAAAUAUUGAUACCUAAUGAAUACAUCAAAACAACGGGUUUUAUUUUGUAAUACGCGACAUUAUCGGUAUCAUCACAAACAGAUCCUUUCCUUACACUCUUGAUUAUUUUCA